AUAUUUUAAAAGGAGUGAUGCAGCUUGCGAGCUAAUGCUAACGAAAGAAGUAAAGCAAUAGUCGCAUGUAAGUGACGUGUAUGUGGGCGUUUACAAUAUAUACGGUGGCCAAUCUCAUCAUUGAAAGCGAGUACAUCAGAGGAAACUGAAGUGACGACACAAAAGUCCAGCGUUUCUUUUUUGUCAGCCACCAUUUUGGGAGUCAAAAUAUUCGUGAAAAGCUAACACACCUCCACGGGUUUCGUGGCCUUACUAUGGUUCACACGUGUGUCGUGACUGGCUGUCGUAACAGAAGAACGCUCGGCACCUCACUGUCUUUUUACCGUUUCCCACGCGACCCCGAGAGAAAACAACGUUGGAUUGCAGCUGUAAACCGCGAGGGAUGGGUUCCAAAUGACGGGAGUAGACUGUGUAGUAAUCAUUUCAUCUCAGGUAAACAGGUGAAGAACCCCCGGUCACCAGAUUAUGUUCCUACCGUGUUUGCUGCCCCUCCUCCAUCUCCAGAGAUGAAAGAAACUGGUUCCUUUGAACUUCUAGAUAAGCAGGAAGCCCAAGUGGAGGCGGCAAACGCCUUGCUCUUCCUCCAGGGUCAGGGCAGGGUCAAGUGUGAACUAGGCCAGAGCCAGGAGGACCAUGAAACAGCUGAGACCGCAACCUCAUCUUCCAGCAGCGAAGAAGGGGAGGAGUCAGACCUUUCGAGUGACAGCAAAAGUAGGGGAGGGAAGCCCACCAAAAUGACUGCCACGCCCACCAAGUACGAAGACACCCUCCUGGCCUUGAAGAAGGAGAACCGGGCUCUCAGAGAGGCUGUGGAAAAGCAGUCUCUAACUGAGAACUCCCUCAGGAAUGACCCGGAGAAGGUGAGGUUUUACACCGGCCUGCCCAACUACUUUGUGUUUGAGACGGUCAUGUGGCUCCUGGCGCCGCACAUGGACGGAGCCAAGAACGUGAAGCUAGCCAAGUUCCAGCAGCUGCUGCUAACCCUGAUGCGUCUCCGCCUGGACCUUCGCAACCAGGACCUAGCCUACCGCUUUGGCGUGAAGGUUGGCACGGUGACGAGGACUGUGCACAGGAUGGUCAACAUCAUGUCCAACACGCUGGUGCCCACCGCUGUCUUCUGGCCCUCCAGAGCCGAGCUCCGCAAGAACCUCCCUGCAGCGCUGCGCACCUCCUACCCAGACUGCGCCGUCAUCAUAGACUGCUUCACGGUGACCUUCGAGAAGCCCGCAUCUCAGACCAGCCAACAAGAGGCUGCUGGGACACCGUCUGCGCAAGGGGCAGGGCGCAACACGCUGAAGUACCUGAUAGGUGUGGCCCCGCAGGGCGUGGUCACCUUUAUCUCCAGAGGGUCCCCGGGGGACGUCAGUGACAAGAGCGUGGCGGAGGGGUGUGGCUUCCUGUGUAAGCUCCUACCAGGGGACGUGGUCUUGGCAGAGCGGGAUCUGGAGAUUGGAGAGUCCGUAGCAGCUUGCGGUGCCCUGUUGCAGGUAACGGGGGGCCACGUGGAUGCGUACGACGGGGACUCCUCGCUGGAAGAGGCAUCCUUGGAGAGGCAGAGCGUGCGCAGACACGUGGAGCGGGUCAUCGCCAUGGUGAAGCAGCGGUACGCCAUGCUGGCGGGCCCUGUGGAGAGCUGCUUCAUGGCUGCUGAGCGCACGUCAAACCUGACCACGUUUGAUAAGAUUGUGCAAGUGGCCUGUGCCUUAAACAACCUGUGCAUCUCUGCUGCUCCUCUGGAGUGAUUUUCACUAGAGCUGCUGGUUAUGGGCAGCCUGCACUGUGUAUGGUCUCAUACACUAACAAGUGUUUCCUUCUCUGGAGAAAGAAGCUGUUUUCUGGUUAGAUUAAUUGGUAUGAUUGAAAUGAAGAACAGAGCAUUGCUUUGGCUUUAAUUUUGGACCAGUAUAUGCCUGAUUUUUUUUUUGUAAUUGUGGACGAAGUAUCAAGGACAGUUUCUUCUUUGUUGAGUUGGGCUCAUCAGCCUUUUCAGCUGAUGUGGGUUCUUGGGAUUAAAAAAGAAUUUCCACAGAUAAUGGAGAAUCUGGACCCCAGCUUGCUGGAUCCCGUGUUGCUGAAAGCCGAUAUUUUAACUUAUAACUUGAAGUAGUCGUUUUGAACUAUGACCGUUCCGUGAAGUUACAGCUGAACUGGACAUGCACACAGCCCUCAGGUUACAGUGCCUUAGAGUGUAUUGCUGGCACUGUUGUAAAAAAACAGCCUGAAUUUGUAUUUUUUCCGUUAUACAGAAUGCCUCAAGAUCCUUUCCUGACUCUACUUUGUUAGUAAAAACAUGCAAGAACUCUAAAGAAGCACUGAAAAGUGUAAUAUACUGUCAUUGAAUGCUAUGUAAGAUUUACUUUAUGCUAUGUGUGAUUUCCUACCAAAUAUUUGCUUUUGUAUCAUUUGAAUGGUGGCAGGUUUAGUUGACUUAUGCCUUCUAUACUCUAGAGAUGCUGGGAACUGGAUGCCCUCUGGUGUUGGACUAAUUUGUGUCUUAUGAAAACAUAGCUUUUGCCCACUACCCUUCUUUUGGUUGUAUGUUAUUGUUCACCAAUGUAUGUAGGGCCUACAUAUACCAUGACUAUGAUUCACAAACAAAUUUGUGGUUCACAAAUAAAUGUUUCAUUCAAAGCUU